UUUAUUAUUUUAUUCUUAUAUAAAAUCAGGAAGCGCCGAAUGCAUUUUAAUCUUGAUAGUACUAGAACUUUGAAUAAAUGCCUAUUGCAGUAUGAAGGUUUUUAUACUGGUGGUUUUAAUGAUUGUUGGUAUUCGUGAUGGCAGCUCAAAUAUUUUGGGUACUGGAAUAUCACUGGAUGAACAGCAGUCUAUUGUCGAUAUUCACAAUAACUACAGAAUAAGUAUUUGCAAUGGAAACUUAUCUGGACAGCCUCAAGGAUAUAAUAUUAAAAAGAUUAAAUAUGACGCCAUUCUAGCCGAAAAAGCCCAAGAAAUCGCCAAUACUACGACGUUUGCCCAUGUUUCAGUAAAAGACGAUCGUUGGAGUGUUGGUCAAAAUCUGUAUAUCUCCAUGUCUACUGCAGCAGGUGGAACUCCAUCAUGGUCAUCUGCUUUAUCUGCAUGGUUUGUUGAAAAUUCUUAUUAUAAAUAUGGUGCCUGUUGUAGUACUGCUGGUCAUUAUACACAGAUGAUAUGGGAUAGCACUGAAUAUGUGGGGUGUGGAUUUACCUAUUUUUACAGCAAUAGCAGUAAAUACUCAUAUCAGAAGUUGUAUGUUUGCAAUUACGGGCCUGCGGGGAACUGGGUAGGAUCCUAUCCUUACCAAAGUGGAGACAGCGGAUGUCCUGAACUUCAAUAGAAAAUCGCUAAAGCCACAGUAUUUUUUAAUUUGCUCUCUCUAUGGAUGGUGACUAUAUUUUCUCUGUAAUUGUAUAAUAAAUUUGUUUAUCUUAAUAAUUUUUUGCAUUAUCAUAUAAACAACAAAAAUUAGGCAGGAAAUCAUAAAAAACCAUAAAAAGGACCAUCUGAGAGACACAAGAGCAUUUCAAUAUUGUUGAGAUUUUAAGUGCUUUUAGUUAAUAAAUCUUUAUAACUAUUAACUAUAGAUGUCAGAUAAAACAAACAGUAAUAUAAAAAUAUUUAUUCUCUA